GGGUGCGGCAGCUUCCAAUCAAGGUGAGUCUUAGUAUACUGUAUAUAUAUGAGACACUAACAUUCAGACUGUCUACAGCACCCACCUCGCAACGGCCUGUCUCCCUUGACAAGCUCCAUAUUACCAUGUGCACGUCGCACCACCCCUCAAUGGCACAGCCACUAAUAUCGAGGGAUGGGCAUCGAUCUUUGCAGUAUCACGCUUAUCAUUGCAUCUUGAGCGAGACUCGAUGUUUGCCUGAAUGCUGUUGUUAUACAGCCCUAGUCGUAAGGAUGAUUUUGAGUUUUAUCCGUCAAUUAUUUCGGCGCGGGACGCCAUGCGAGCGUGAUACAACACAACCCAAUACCACGGGUGUGACCCAUAGUGCCAAGGAAGCCUCCGGUUGUAAUCGCACAGAAACUGUGACUGCGCAAUCUCUCACUGAUACUCCCAAUGAACAUGUUCGUGUUGAUGUUACCGUCCGUGUUUUUGACACGCAAAAUCAAAGGCUCGAGUCGCAGCACUAUACCUCGAAUGCUCACACCACUCCGACUGUACAAAAACCACCCGCCCCAUCACAGCUCGCACUUGCCAACCAACCACCACCAAAUGAGGCGCGAGAUCAGCCUCAUGGAAAUGUGCGAUUUCCUAUUGACGAGCCACAUGGACGAAAGGCUACGCACACCUUUGCUGUCUCUGAACCAAGGGCACCUAAACCUCAGCCCCAGGUACCUACCAGUGGUAAUACCGAGUGGGAUGUCUGGCCUGACGGCCACAUUGUGCGCACCUACUCGCAUGAAGAUGCCAAACGGCCCGAGGUCAACAAUUUCCACGUCCACUGGGCUUGUGAGGGCGUAGGUGCUCCUCGACAUAAAGGCUCACUCGAUGCGUUACAGUGGCAAGACGGUGUGCGUAGUCGUAGACGUUGCCACGGUGUAAUUAUAUGCACCAACCAUGAAUCCAAGGGUGGAUCAUGUGCCAUUGUCAUCCGCCCUACAACGACGAAGAAACUCAUUACGAGGCAGCUUGAGACAACAUGCUCGUGUGGUGCCAUGCUCGUCCAUAAUCACUGCGGUAUAAUUUACGACCUUUUCAAAUUUGCGGGCGGUGUGUGCUUCGUUCAUCGUGGCUUUCACAACCACCUUCGCCCACCGCGACGAUUGCAUCUGACGAGAGUGGAAUCGGAUCUCUUCCAGCAAGUCAUCGAGGAGCACCCCCGCAUGGGCGCAACACAGCUUUUGAUGGGCCGCCCAG